UUCCGGUCUCUCCUGGAGAAGAGAAAGCUCAUUCCGGAACCAAUGCGCUCGACCCUGAGACGAUUUACUACGGCGCCCAAAGGGAGCGCACAGUCGGCUCUUCCUGCGCGACAGUUGGUGUCUUAGCAACUAAGCGUAGCAACUGGGAAAUCGGGCGCUGCGGGUCCUUCCUAUCUGAGGGGCUUCGGAAACCUUCUAGCAGUAUCCAGCGUCCUAGAUUGCUGAAGCUAAAAGAGAUGUUCAACUCUAAGUUUGGGUCCACACCCAAGUUUUAUGUUCGAGCCCCAGGAAGAGUGAACAUAAUAGGUGAGCACAUAGAUUACUGUGGAUAUUCUGUUCUUCCCAUGGCUGUGGAACAAGACAUGCUAAUAGCUGUGGAACCUGUGAAAACCCAUACUCUCCAACUGGCCAAUACAAACCCCUUGUAUCCAGACUUCAGUACUACAGCUAAUAACAUCUGUAUCGACAAGACCCAACCUCUAUGGCACAACUACUUCCUCUGUGGAUUUAAGGGAAUUCAGGAACACUUUGGUCUUACUAAGCUGCCUGGAAUGAAUUGCCUGGUGGAUGGAAAUAUACCCCCGAGUUCAGGCCUCUCCAGCUCCAGUGCUCUGGUUUGCUGUGCUGGGUUAGUGACUCUCACAGUGCUGGGAAUGAGACUAUCCAAGGUGGAACUUGCAGAAAUCUGUGCCAAGAGUGAGCGUUACAUAGGCACCGAAGGCGGAGGCAUGGACCAGUCCAUAUCAUUUCUUGCAGAAGAAGGAACUGCCAAGUUAAUAGAAUUUAGUCCUCUGAGAGCGACUGAUGUGAAGCUCCCCAGUGGAGCAGUCUUCGUGAUUGCCAACAGCUGUGUGGAAAUGAACAAGGCAGCCACUUCACAUUUCAACGUCAGGGUGAUGGAGUGUCGGCUGGCGGCAAAGGUCCUUGCUAAACACAAAGGCUUGCAAUGGGAUAAAGUCCUGAGGCUAGAGGAAGUACAAAGCAAACUAGGAAUUAGUCUGGAAGAGAUGCUAUUGGUCACAGAGGAUGCCCUUCAUGCAGAACCGUACUCAAGGGAGGAGAUCUGUAGGUGCCUGGGAAUUAGCCUGGAGGAACUCCGCACCCAAAUCCUGAGUCCAAAUACUCAAGACGAACUCACCUUCAAGCUCUACCAGCGGGCCAAGCAUGUAUACAGUGAGGCUGCACGUGUGCUGCAGUUCAAGCAGGUGUGCGAAGCAGCACCAGACAACGCCGUCCAGCUGCUGGGCGAGCUGAUGAACCAGAGCCACAGAAGCUGCCGGGACAUGUAUGAGUGCAGCUGCCCGGAAUUGGAUCAGCUAGUGGACAUCUGCCGGAAGUUUGGGGCCAAAGGCUCACGACUUACUGGAGCCGGAUGGGGAGGCUGCACUGUGUCCCUCGUGCCUGCUGACACGCUGUCCAGCUUCCUCGCAAGCGUGCAUGAGGCUUACUACCAGGGGAACACGUCCCGCCUGGCUCGGGAGAAGCAUAGCUUGUUUGCUACCAAGCCUGGAGGUGGGGCCUUGGUUUUCCUUGAGGCCUAAACAAUGUCAAACAUCUCAGAGAAACUAUUUCAGGCAUUCUGGAGCUGGCGGGACUUCCUGUGCCACAGUAAAUCAGCCCCCUUUCUAUUUUGUGUUGUGAAGUAUGAUUGCUAUUAUCAAGGUGCAUUUCCAAAGAAAUGGAAAACGAGGCUUCGUGAUGACUUCUUUUCCUUCUUCCAUGUAUUUUUAUGAAUCAGAGCCAAGGAUAUGCUUACAUCUUUGAAGUAUGAUUAAGAUUUAUUGAUGUGAAGAUUUUAAAGAUGAACAGCAAAAUUUACUUUUAGUUAUACACUCUCCUCCAAUUAAAUUGAUAGAGCUGAA